AUGUCUAUGCCUGAAGACAGACUUAUAACCCAAAUGAUCAUACCAGUGUCAAAAGAAUCAUAUUUUAACACAAAAUGGGAGUCAAAGGAGCCUUUAUGUCCUUAUGAUAUGCUCUACCACCCUCCGGACUACAACCCAAAAUCAGCUAGAUCAGAUCGCCAGGAGCCGAAAAUCAUAAAAAAAAAUAUUUGGGAACAAGAAAAGAAGAAAAUUAUACCCACAACUACUCACUUUCAGUUAGGACGACCAACAAUUAAAAUUGCCGACAUCCCUACAAAACAAUUUGUUAGAGCACAAGUUAAAAAUGAGAACCCGCACAUGCGAAUCGAUGGUGUUUUGCAAUGGGCCGUGUUGCUGAUCGAAGGAAAACCUAGCUUAUGCGAUCAAUAA